CAUAUUUAUCAUUUUUAUACUCCUAUUAAAUCAUCUUUAACAUUUUAGUUUCUCUGCUGAAUAAUUUGGGAGGUCUUAUAAUUCUGAUCCCCCGAGGGCUUCUUGCCCACCCUCAGAAACGCAGAUUUCGUCUUCAUUUUUCCUCCCGUGAUAUAGGGCUGGGCUAAUAGAGUGAAAAAUUAGAACUAGUACCAUGGGGAAUAAAAUUGAGCAGGAUAACUAAGGCAGGUUUUACCUCUACGAUAGUGUUGAAUGUUGAGUAGGUUCAACCCCAGUCGUCGGAAAGAUGAAGAAGAUUUAUAUAUUAUUAUGACGUUUUUUGGGAGGAGCCCGAAAAUAAAUCUGUGCGGGCUUGACCACGGUUGAAAGUGGACAAUAUCAUAUUAAUGCUGAGUUAAAAGGGUGUUGCGCGACCCAACAUUGAAUUGGUACAGACUCUAAGUGGGAAUAGUAAGAUGUUAACAUUUUUAUUAUGCAAUGCCAAAUUGCAGAUUUGUAGUCCUUGUUUCUUGAAGUAAAUCAGGCAGCUAGAGUUGUAUAUAGAUUCUACGUGAACUGCAAUUGGAACUUGGGAUUUUUAGUUCUGAAAAAUAUAUUUUUUUCGAGAACCAGAAGAGCUUCUAACUGCCAGGCUGAAGGCUCCACCUCAAAGGGAUUUGGUCGAGAACCUCAGGUUUUAACAAGUAGACAAACACAAUUUUUGAGAAGACAAUGAAUGAGAGAGUUUUUGAGGCUAAGCUUAACGCUGAGGCGAAGGUUCUCAUAUUGAUGAUAUUUGGGAAAGGUGAAAAAAUCAUCUCAUGUUGCUUGUCUGGCCAAAUCAACAAAAAUAGAAGGAUCAAUUCACUUGAUGAGGUGAGAAGCGAGUUAUCAUUUAUAGGAACCAUAGCAAAGAGUGAUGAGUCCGUUCAGGUGUUUGAUAGAGCAGGCCUUGAAUUUAAGUAGAUGUUUGAGACAAAUGGUAUGGCAGAAACGACUUCCCCAAUAGUGAUGAUAAUUUAUUUAAGUGCCGUGAAAAGGAAUUGUUCUCUUCAUAUAAGAGAACAAUGUGUUCAGCUAUAUCCCACAGAGGUAAAACUCAAUCAAUUGAAGCGUUUUUAGUUACAUUAGACACGGAAUCAGAUCUCAUAAACAUCAGCGCAUUUAUUGGCAAGAAGUCAAGAACAAUGUGUUCAGCUAUAUCCCGCGGAGGUGAAAUUUCAACGGAACUCAUCUCAAUUGGGAUCAUUUGUCUUGCCAGGUUCAUGUUCUUAACAAAGUUUAUAUGAUGUAUUUUUGUCCUUUUUAAUUGGAAAGAUGUCUUCCACAACCAUGACAAAUUAUUAUUGUAUUUAUAUAAGGUGGAAUUGAUAUGCUUGAAUUUGAGGACUUAUUUAGUGAGGAGAAACAGGGAAUUCGAGCAAGCUAGAAAGUGAAGGCAUGGGAAAGAACAGAGACGAAUAGAAGCAGAGAAGGUGGCACGUGAAGCGGACAGAGUACGUGCAAGAGGGAACCGCGAAAGGAGAAUCAAAAUGUUGCAAGGAGUCAAAUAGCUGAAAGAGUUCAAAGGGCUUUGACAGCUCCGACAGAAAGGAUGGUGACUUGUCAUAUACUGAUGUUAUGCAUUAUUGAUUUAUUGCUGACGUGAAACUGAAAUCAAGGAAGGGGGCACUCUAGUUUACCCUGCAGGUAAUUCUCUCACUUACAAGAGGUUGCCGGAAAUUCUGCUGUUAAUCCUCAUCUUUACAAGUUGAUACCAUGUUCUGGGAGCUAUCAUUUACAUGAUAGAAAUAUGAGGUUUAUUUUAUUGAAUCUUUUUUUUUUUUUCAUUUAUUCUACACACACACAAUAAUUUACUAAUCCCAAUAAGUAUACGUUGUUAUGCUGGUAAUAUUGGUAAUAAUUGGUUUUUUUUAUAAGUUAUGUUAUUCAUCUGAACAUGUUUUUGGAGGUAAAAAGGUAUCUGAUUGCUAAGGAAGCCUUGCAGCAAAAACUUGGUCUGAAGAGCACUGAUCUUCCUCUGUAGGAACUAUGAUCUGCUUGAUUUAUCAGAAAGGAACCUACCUAAUAUAACAUUCCAUCUAUCCUACACUGGACCGCGGCCAACAGAAUACUCAUCAAUCCUUCAUCAUGUUAGAUCUUACUGACUAUUAUAAGUUGGAAAAUUUGAACAGUGCAAGCAUUGUUUUUUACUUCAUAGCAAAUUCCUGCAGUGUUGCUUGUAAGCCAUGUAACUUCUCGCCCCUGCAUGUUAUUUUGUCUAUAUAUGAUGUUAGAUUAUCUGUUUCCACCUUGUCCUGCCAAGGUCUUCAAGGCAACCAUUUGUAUCCCUUCAAUCCAAAUUGAUAUAUUACUAAUUAGCAAAUAAAAAUGACAAGCUAUUAUUAUCUAUGAGUGCAUAAUCUGUCAAGGCGUUCGUUGAGGCAUUCGUUGAGGCAUGUAACUGAUACAUACUACUUGUUAAUGACAAGGCACUUACCAUGAUGCAUUUUACACAUUAGAGCAAUGCUGAAUUGCUCUAAAUCCCCACACUGAUGAUAGGGAGUCAUUUGCAUUCUUUCCAUAACGACUGUGCAUUCCUGUGUCCAAUCUAGGGACAAGCCUCUCUCUCACUUGAUAUUUUCAUGUAGGAUUUAUGGUAUUUCACUUCGUAGAUUCGUAAUUUUCUGCCUACAGCUAAUGCAGUGAAGUUCUUGUACACUAUUCGUUGUAUGCAGGAGCAUAUUUUGUACUGCCCCCUUUGGAGUUCAAACUUUGUGAACCUGCUGGAUUCUCCGCAGUGAGAGAUUGUUUCGUAACCUGGAGGUGUGUUGUUUUUGGAUAACAGAGCUUUUAUUGCUUUUAUUGUUUGCAAGUGCAUGCAGAGAUCCCCUCUUUCAGGAAAAUGAGCAUGACUGUGGCCCAAAAAUUUACCCAUAUCUGCAAGCAUUUCACAAGGAAGCUGUUUUUAUAAGAAGCUAUUCAUUGUCAUCUCUGGCUCUUCUACAGACACAGCUACACUAGUAGGCUUCUCUUGUGACUGAUAUUGAUGAAAUUUGCUUUAUCGUGAAUGGCAUUGAGGUGACCAACAAUAAUAAUAGUGCAAGUCACAAUUUUUGAGAGAUGAGCUUGUGUGGUGGAAGUUGGGUGUUAAUUGGUGGGAUUUGGGGACCAUAUUUUUUUUGAUGGACAACCUGAGGAUCAAAAUUUAAAGACCCUACCCAUCUGUAACCUCAAAGAUUAAGAUUAAGGAAAGAAAAAAGAACUAUAGAAUGUUAAGAGUUAAUUUACUUAGAAAUUGAUUUUAACCAAAAAAUCUGAAUCUGAUUUGCAUUUUGGGUUCCAGACUCUCUGUGGUAUUAGAUACUAUGUAAUAUUCAUUGCAGGAACAAUGAACAGAAACAGGAGAUUUGGAAUAAUAAAAUUACAGUGAAACAAAAUAUUAAUCAGAUCACAGUUCAUUUUACUACAACAGAGAUCUGCUAUUACAGCAGUAAAUAUAUUUUUGUUACUUGUUAGGGGGUGGGGAACAUAGGUGGAAACCAUUGAGAAAAAGAAAGUUUUCAUUGAUAUGGGUGAAACUUGAAUACAAGCACACCAAAUGAUGUGUUUCAACCCUUUACUGAUAUGCAAGUGUUAUACUCCUUCUGUCCCAUUUUAUGUGAAUCAUUUUCCUUUUUGAAUGUACCAAAAGAAUGGACCUUUCAUUUUUAGCAUCUAUCAAGUUUAUUACAUCUACAUAUUUAUGCGGUUAAGAUUAAGUUAAACACUUAUUUUUUUAAAAACUGUGCUAGUCAAAGAAGCUCGUAUAAAUUGAGAUGAAGGGAGUAUUAUACUCCUAUCUAAAUACUUUCAGAAAAGCAGUAAAAAUGAAAAUUGGGCCAUACAAACAUUGAGGUGUCAACAUCCAUGUAAAGGCACUUGAUUAGUUAAUUUAAGUUGAGAAGACUCUUCUUCACCUUACUAUUAACUAGGACCUUCCCACAAAAAUAUUAGUCUUACAUACAUGCAUUACUAAUUCUACAUGUACAGAGGCCUUACCCUAUCACUCUUAUAGUCCCAUGCCGAUUAAUAACUCUGCACUGUUUGUACGUUCAUCUAUGUAUAUAGUAUGUACAGUAGCAUUUACAUGCAUAUUGAGGUGCAGUGAUAUUCUACACUACAACUGCAGCUCAAAUAAUCCCAUCAAGGCAUUAAAGAAUGUGAUGAUCACUGGUAUACUGUACAACUGUAGGAGUAGAUAAGAAUAAGAAGCAUAGCAAUUAAUUCACAAUUUAUAUCACAUUUUACCCUUCACUUAUUUUCAUGUCAUUUGUAAAGUUGUUAAACUCACCUUGUACAACACUGUAGCAUUAGAUGCUUAUCAAAUUUCACUGGAACAACUUAUGAUCGUAGAAAUCGGGAAUCAAAACUAAUUGGUUGACCUUCUAAUUCAGGAUUUAUUGGAUUCCCGAAUUAAUCGGUUGACCUUCGAAUUCAAGAUUUAUUGGAUAUUUUUUGAAUAAAUCGAGAAAAAUUUAGUUUAAUCAGAAUGUAAUCGGUAAAAUAUUUUUCAAGAAUUAAUCGGGAAAUUAAUCUAGGAUUUUUUAAGAGAUUAGUCAAAAUUGAUAAUGAAAUAAUAUAUUUCAAUAAUAAACUACCUCAUUGCUUGUGUAUGUGCUUUCAUUUUCUCUCUUUUUUCCCAUUUGGGUCAAAAAAAAACUUCAGAGUUGGAUAAGGAUUGUGAAAUAAGAUAGAUUGUUCUGACCAAUGGUUCAUCUCCACCUUUCCCGGUCAGAAACCAGCUUUUGUCAUAGUACUACUUACUCUGGUACUCUGAGGUCUCAGCCUGAUUACCAUUCAAAACUUACUUACAUAUGCAUAAAUGUGUGUAAAGAUGAUAAGAUUGAUCGAUAUGGAAACCUGUCAACUAACAGGCGAGGUUGGAUGAUCAAAGCUGGAAUCAACAAGUCAGAUUUUUUACUUCUACUUAUGGUAAAAUAUUUAGAAACAGUUGAGAAUGAGCUUACCGCCCGUUGCUAGUUUAACUUCCGUUACUAAUUGUACCACCCGUUACUCACUCGUUUAACUUCCGUUACUUUUUUAAAGUAACAAACCCCCUCAUAUGUCGUCUUCUGCUUUAUUUGUCGUUUAAGACAAUUUUUCCGCUACCUUUUGUCGUGUAAUGUUAAUUUUUACGUUACAAUUGCAAAUUUUGGCUGUUUAUCCUUUAUCAAUGGCGCAAAAAACGUGGGCGAAAAUUGGGACCCUAUAACCGUUUCUUUUAAUAUAACGCAUAUAUCAAUAGUAUAUAAUUCAAGAUUUCUUUUCUAUCUAUCAUUGAUAUGCAAAAACCAUCCUCUAUAUCUAGCAACAAAUUGAAGUCUUAGAGCUUGGUUUUCUGAGUUUUCCUGUUUUUUUUCCAUAUAAUCUGUUUGUCACCCCUUUCACAACACACAAACAGCAAAGCAACUCUGUAGCAGACACUUAAGAACCCUCAUUAAAAUCUAUUUCCCUUGUUUGGUAUUUUCUCUCUUUGGUUUAUAUAAUCAGUUUUGAAAAUUCACUCUUCUGUAGUUCUGUCUCAGAAAGUCGAACACCCUUGUCAAUUGUCAUGUCCUCUUUUUAUAUAAUUUAAAACUCUCUCUGUUAUGGUUGUUGUCUAUUUCUGCCCUGAAGCUGCUGGAAACUAGUUUUGGUGUUACUGAAAGAUUGUGACAGGUUUUCUGGCAAGGUUACUACUCAAACUGGACUGUUUACAGUGUGGUAACUUUUCCCUUGACCUUUAUUUUACUAUCUUAAAGAUCUCGUGUUUUGCUUCUCCCUCUGUUUGCUCUCAUUUCUUUACAAUGUUUUUUAUUGUUUGACAUUUUUUAAGGUGUAUGUAAAAUAUAGUUUCAUAACUUAAUUUAAAAUUUUCCAUUUUUUAUGAAUAUUUAAACAUUAAAUUUUUAUUCAAAAUAAAAAAAUAAUAUAAUUUAUGAAGUUACACUUUAUGGAACUCUUAGAAUGCGUGACAAACCUCCCGUCCCCAAGGUAAAUAAGUUAAGCAGUUAUUAAGUUAUUACUGUAUUUAUUUUAAGCCAAAAAGGGAAAAAAAAAACUAUUUACUGUACUUAUAUAUAGGCUCUACUUGUUGAAGCUGGGGAUCAGUUGGUUUCCUUUUUUCUUCUUUAGAAGUGUUGACAUUCAAAAGUUCACAUCUUAUAUUUUUUAGUACUUGAGCUAGGCAUCAACAAUGGCAGAUGAAAAAAAUGAGUUUCAAGAAGAGGAAAUGUGGAGUGUAGCUUCAAAGGGGAAGCAAAGGAAAGGAGCUUUCAGCUUUAAGAAAAAGAAAUCUUUGAUUUCUUCUUCUUCUACUUCUUGUUUAUCAACUGCAUGGCACUCACCUUUGCCUUCUACACCCAAAAUGAUGAUUCCAAAGGCUAAAAAUGUGGUAAAUGAAGGUGAUAAUCUAGCUGGUCAGCAAUACUCAGCCCCAAUGAAAAUACCAGGUCACUAUGGUGGUAAAGAUGCAAUGAAGAAUGGAAAUGAGUAUGAUGGUGAGAAUGAUGAUGAUGAUGAAGAAGAAGAUGGAGAGAUGAUACCUCCUCAUGAAUACAUAGCAAAGAAGAUGGAAAGGACAAGAAUUGCUUCACAUUCCAUGUGUGAAGGAGUUGGAAGGACUUUGAAAGGGAGAGAUCUUUGCAAUCUGAGAAAUGCAAUUUUGUCACAAACUGGCUUUCUUGAAAAAUGAUCAUCAUUUUCACCAGCCAAAGCUAAUGGUCAUGGGCAGUUGGGCACCCCUCUUUGUUCUAGUUUUUUUUUUACAUCUUGAUAUGGUAGAGGUUCUCUCUCAGUUACUUUGGGCAUUCUAAGAGCAUAGAUAGCUAUAGUAAAACUUAGUUGAUGGUGUGAUGCCCAAAUUUUUAAUCUGACAUGGGUUUUUUGUUAUGGAUUUCUCAAGUGACCUCUGCUACUAAUUGCUCAAACUUAGUAUAAAUCUACU